AUGUUAAGGUUGGCUAAUAGAGUUUCUAGAAAGGAGAGUGGGAACUUGGGGAUAACCCAGUUGAAAAGGAGACCCAUGGCCACUUCAGGUGUGACACAAGGUGAAAUUUUGAGUAAAUACCCUAUCGGACUUAAUAUGCAUGGGUAUGUGAUUGAACAAGUUCAACCUAUACCCGAAUUUUCACUUGUGGCGGUCAGAUUAAAGCAUUCUAGAACUGGAUCAGAGCAUUUACAUUUAGAUACACCUAAUGACAAAAACAAUGUAUUCCUGGUAGCAUUUAAGACAAAUGCUCCUGAUGCCACUGGGGUUCCUCAUAUAUUGGAACAUACAACGCUUUGUGGGUCUUUCAAGUAUCCGGUCAGAGAUCCGUUUUUCAAAAUGCUUAACAGAUCAUUGAGUAAUUUUAUGAAUGCCAUGACAGGCCAUGAUUACACAUAUUAUCCGUUUGCUACGACUAAUGCGAAGGACUUUGAGAACUUGAUGGAUGUAUAUUUAUCAUCAGUUUUCGAACCACUCCUUACACACGAGAGUUUCAUGCAAGAGGGUUGGAGAUUAGAGAAUUCAGAUCUUUCAGAUCCUAAAAGUCCUAUAAUCUUUAAGGGCGUUGUCUAUAAUGAGAUGAAAGGCCAAUAUUCUAACUCGGCAUAUUACUAUUGGAUCAAAUUCCAAGAAGCUAUAUACGGCUCAUUAAAUAAUUCUGGUGGUAAUCCGAAUAAUAUUACUGAUCUUAGGUAUGAAGAUUUAGUUGAUUUCCAUUCUUCAAAUUACCACCCAUCUAACUCAAAAACUUUUACUUAUGGUAAUAUUGAAUUGGUUAAUCAUUUAAACAAAUUAAAUGAAUUUUUUGAUUUCUUUGGUAGCCGUGGGGUGAGAUCCAAUGUUAGAAAACCAAUUUUUGAUCUUAAUCCAAAUUAUAAAUCCGAUGUUACUGUGAAAGGACCCGUUGACACAAUGUCAGGCAAACCAAUUGAAGAGCAAUAUAAGUCUUCGGUUACUUGGGUAAUUGGAAACCCGUUAGAUGAAUCUAAACAGUACGAGGUAUUCAAAUGGAAAGUUUUGAGCUCUUUGUUAUGUGACGGUCAUAACUCACCUUUUUACCAAGAAUUAAUUGAAAAGGAAUACGGAGAGGACUUCAGUGUGAAUUAUGGUUUAGACUCUACAACUGCCUUAUUAUCUUUUACAAUUGGUUUGAAUAACUUAACCUUAGAAAAAGCUAAAAAUUUAGAAGGUAAAGUGCAUGAGAUUUUUGUCCUGAAGAUCGUUCCAGAACUUCAGAAAGGAAAAGAAAGUGCAUUUAGUGAUAGAAUUGAAGCAAUUUUACACCAGAUUGAAUUGAACUUCAAAAAGCAUAAACCAGAAUUUGGUUUAGGUCUAUUAAGCUCAGUUGUUUCAACUUGGGUGAAUGGAUUGAAUCCGGUUAAAUCAUUACAAGUUGAUCAUAUUUUAAAUAGAUUCAAAGAAGAUUAUAAACUGAAUGGUCUCAAGAUGUUUCAAGACUUACUUGAAGAAACAGUUUUUAGAGAUAGUACUCCAAAAUUCAAGUUCACCAUGGAACCUGAUGAAAGUUUUGGAAAGAAUUUAUCAUCCGAAGAAACUGAAAGAUUGCAAACUAAAGUUGAGGCAUUAACUGAGGAAGAUAAAGAGGUAAUCUUUAAAAGAAGUGUUGAAUUGUCCGAGAAGCAGAAGAAAGAGGAAGAUGUAUCAGUAUUGCCGACAUUAACUGUUAAAGAUAUUCCAAGAGAGGGUGAUUUUUAUUCCCUUGAUUUUGCAAAUGUGAAUUCUAAGAAGCUUCAAAAGAGAAUUGUUGAUACAAAUGGGUUAAUUUAUAUGAAUGCUAUUAAGGAUAUUUCAUACUUACCUUCUAAAUACUAUAAAUAUUUGCCAUUGUUCAAUUGCUGUCUUACGAAUCUAGCUGGUACAAGUAAAACUCCAAUAACUGAAUUGGAAACAAAAAUUCAAAAGUUAACUGGUGGCGUUUCUUUUAAUGUUUCAGUUAAAACUGAUCCUUUUGACAUCUCCAAGACUAAUAUGAAAUUUAUGUUGUCCGGAAUGGCUUUGAAAGACAAAUCUCAGCAUGUGUAUGAUUUAUGGUAUGAAAUUUUAACAGGAACGAAAUUUAAUCCUCAAGAUGAACAAGUUGUUGAUAAGUUAUUUACGUUGGUCAAAAAUUUAGGACAGAAUCAAAUGAACACAAUCGCUGAUUCAGGUCAUUCAUAUGCAAAUUCUCAUGGUAAUUCGCAACUUACACCUACAAAGUAUAUUCAUAAUUUGAUUGGUGGUAUAGGUCAAGUUUCGUUUAUUCUGGAUUUGAAUAGAAAAUUAGAUACUGAGGGCAGAGAAUUUUUAAUCAACGAGCUUUUACCAGCUUUAAAGGAUAUUCAACAUCAUUUGGUUGAUGGUUUUACUGAUGGAAACCAAUCAGGCUUCGAAUACAGUUUAGUUGGUGACAAUGAAUCUGUUGUUGAUAAUGAAAAAAUGGUUAGAAAAUUUGAUGACUUAUUGAAAUCAAAUACUAACCCAGUUGUAGGCGUCAAUGAGUUAUCAUCUUUGAUAUCCCAAUUCAAUACUAAUAAAUUGGGCUUGAAUAACAAUGGUCAUAACACUCUAAUUGACUUACCUUUUCAAGUUGGAUAUGCUUCUUUAGCUAAGUUAGGAGCUGCAUAUACUACUAAAGACGGAGCUGCUUUACGUGUUUUAUCACAAUUAUUGACCUUCAAACAUUUACAUUCUGUUAUAAGAGAAGCAAAUGGAGCAUACGGAGGUGGGUUACUGUUUGAUGGUUUGGGUGGCUGUUUAAAUUUCUACUCGUAUAGGGAUCCUAAUCCACUCAAGUCAGUAGAAUCAUUCAGAGAUUCACCUUCAGUUGCAUUAGGUAAAAUGUUGGAUUCUGAAAAUGGUGGAUGGGGUCCAAAGGAUUUGCAAGAAGCAAAAUUAACCAUAUUCCAAGGUGUGGACGCACCUAGCCAUAUUUCUCUGCAAGGCUCCUUAGAUUUCCUUGAGCACAUUACGGACGAAAUGAGGCAAGAGAGAAGAGAAAGAUUUUUGGAUGUUAGUUACGAAGACUUAAAAAAUGUUACUGAGAAAUACUUAUUGAAUGGCACAACAGACGUUGUUACAGUUAUUGGGGAUAAUGAAAUUCUCAACAUAGAUCCUAAUGAUUCUCAGUGGAAUAUUAAGAAAUUAACUGCCUAA